AUGUCGCACCAUAACACGAUGACUUCAAACGUAUCGGAUAUGAUCUCACAACAACGGUCAAAUUUACAACAUUUGCAGAAUUUGCAACAACAUACGAGAAGUAUGACCUCUACAGACUAUGCUACUUAUUAUAAUAUGCAACAGCAACAGCAAGCUGCUGCUGCUGCUGCUGCUCAACAACAACAAGCUCAGGCACAACUAGCUGCGACUCAACAACAAUUAAAAGUUCCUCCAACCAGUCCUAAUCCACUACUUUCAAUGACUUCGGGAGGUACCACCCAAAGCACAAUAUUACCACAAAUGAUAGCACAGCAACAGUUGCAACAACAAGCUAUUCAACAACAACAGUUGCAACAAGGUAGAAACUCUCUCACUAAUACAUCUAUUAAAUCUAAAGCUAGAAACUCUAUACAGGAUCCGAGAUCGCCUUUAGUGGUCUUAAUUCCAACAUCGGCCCAACCGACAGAAAUACUGGCAGCAAGGUUUGCUGCAUGGAGAAACAUUAUAAGAUCGAUUUUGACUUAUUUAACAGAGACUGCCUCAAUACAGGAUGAAAUCGUUAGACAACAAUUAAGAUUGUCUCAUGCAAUCCAAUUCCCUUUUUUCUCUGUGGAAAAUCAAUCACAACCAAAUUCAACAGAAGAUAAAAAUGUUCAAAAGUUUUUCUUGCCUUUAGGAAAUGGAUCUAUUCAAGAUUUACCAACAAUUUUGAAUCAAUAUCAUGGAACAUUAGCUUCAGCUGCUUCCAGAACCUCUAAAGAAUUGACUAGUGAAGUGAUCCCAAGAUUAGAAGAUUUAAGAAGAGAUUUAUUAGUAAAAAUUAAAGAAAUUAAAUCAUUACAAUCUGAUUUUAAAAAUUCUUGUUCAAAAGAAUUGCAAGAAACUAGAACGGAUAUGAAACAAUUCAUCGAAUCCUUAAAGGAAACAAGAUAUAAUGGUACACCAAAACAAGACCCAUUUUUAACUAAAAUCGUAUUAGAUAAACAAAUUAAAAAACAAUUAAUUGAAGAAAAUUUUCUUCAUGAAGCUUUUGAUAAUUUACAAACUUCAGGUGCAGAACUAGAAAAAGUUGUAGUAAUGGAAAUUCAAAAUGCUUUAACCAUAUAUGCAAGAUUAUUAGGUCAAGAAUCUCAACUGGUAUUUGAUAUCUUAAUUUCAAAAUUAGAUGUUGGAUUUUUCAAUAAAGAUCCUCAAUUUGAAUGGGAAAAUUUCAUAGCAAGAGAUGAUAAUUUCAUUUCACCUAAUUUACCAAUGAGAAAAUUAAAAGAAAUCAUUUAUAAAUAUCAAUAUGAUCCAAUGACUUAUGAAAUUCAUUCAGGUUACUUAGAGAGAAGAUCAAAAUUUUUAAAAUCGUAUUCUCGUGGAUUUUAUGUAUUGACACCAAACUUCUUACAUGAAUUCAAGACUUCCGACAGAAAGAAAGAUUUGGUACCAGUGAUGUCAUUAGCAUUGAAUGAAUGUACUGUUGCAGAACAUUCAAAGAAAGGUUCCUCUGAAAAUAAAUUAGUAUUACAUGCUAAGCAAAAUGGUAUCAUACAUAGAGGACAUAAUUGGGUCUUUAAGACAGAUUCUUAUGAAUCAAUGAUGACAUGGUUUGAUAAUUUAAAGAUUUUCACAGGUUUUACCACUUCAACAGAUAAAUUGAAAUAUAUUACUGAAAAAUUCAAUUUAGAAGCAGAUGGGAAACCAAGAACAACAACAAAUACAGCAUCUCCUUCGAUGAAAUCUCCUAGUGCUACAGUAACAUUGACUAAAAAGGGAUCUAUACAACAGGACACUUCUACUGAAACUAAUAACAAUACAACAGAUGGUGGUGAUAAUAGUGAUUUAGUUCAUACUUCGACGAAUCUAGACAAUGACGAAAUUGCUACUUUACCAAACUCUACCCCUCGUCUUGAUAAUGCAACAAAUACUAAUACUACCUCAUCUAUUCCCGAUACAGACGAUUCACAAAUAAGAGAUGGUUUACCUAAUUUCUAUAUCGAGACAGUGCAUCCCGGUAACAAAUAA